AUGGCGGUGGUAAUGGCCGUCCACUCCUACACAUGGGUGUUCGUCUUGACCAUGCUCUUCGCCUUUUUGGACGCCUACUCCAUCGGUGCCAAUGACGUCGCUAACUCUUUCGCCACCUCCGUCGGUUCGCGGUCUCUCACGCUCGCACAAGCCGUCUGCAUCGCCAUUUUUACGGAGUUCGGAGGAGCGAUCGCGCUGGGAGCCAGUACGACAAAGACAGUCAAGGACGGAAUUAUCCAGACGAGCCUUUUCAGCAAUCGCCCGGACCUGCUCAUGUCGGGUUUCAUGUGCGCGCUCGUGUCGUCGUCCACGUGGGUCAUGGUGGCCACGUACCUAGGAAUGCCCGUUUCCACCACGCAUUCCAUCAUCGGCGCGCUUAUCGGAAUCGGCAUUAGCGCGUACGGCACGAGCGCCGUGAACUGGGGCUGGAACGGAAAAGGUGUCGCUCAGAUCGCGACGUCGUGGGUGCUCGCGCCGACGCUCGCCGGCAUUCUCGCCGCUCUCAUCUAUAUGAUCACGCUGUACGCCGUUAUGAAGCGCAAAAACUCGCUUCGCGCGGGCAUUUACGCGAUUCCGGUAUACUUCACACUCACCACCUUUAUUGUCAUGUUCUACGUCGUGUCAAAGAACGGCAAGUCAACGCUCGAGUUCAAGGCCGCUUCCACCGGCGGCUCCAUCACGGUCAACGGCAACGUGGGGCUGGCGUUCGGCAUUAUCGGCGCCGUGACCGGCGCGAUGCUGCUCUUCUGCGUCGGAUUGCUCGUGCCCUUUUUCAUCCGACGGCUGGAGAAGGAGGAGACACUCAAGUGGUACCACAUCUUCUACAUCUGGUGCGUGCCGGAGCAGCCGCAGGACCCCAAGAUCGACAUGUACUUGAAGCGCGCCUUCACGCCGCAGUUGCUGACCGACGACGAGAAGAAGCAAUUGGGAAUGCCGGUCGAGGACCCCGAGGAGAUGAAGGAGACGGAAAUCGUGAAGCCCAAGCCGAAGAACCCGGCCGUGCGUCUGUUCAAUAAGAUCAAGCUGUUGCUCUGGCAGUCGAUUUUCAUCGACGUUGCGAGUCUGCAGCACGAUAACAAGGGCGCGGUGCGCGCGCACGAGGUGGCGGUGCUGUACGAUAACAAGACGGAGUACCUCUAUUCGCUGUUACAGGUCAUCACCGCCGGUUUCGCGAGCUUUUCGCACGGGUCCAACGAUGUCGCGAACGCGCUGGGCCCUCUUGCUGGCGUGUAUCAGAUCUGGGAUUCGGGAACCUUCAAGACGGAGGCGAGCGUGCCCACGUGGAUGCUUGCGUACGCUGGUCUCGGCAUCGACUUCGGCCUCGCAUUGUAUGGUUACCACAUCAUGCGGGCCCUCGGCAACAACAUCACGUACCACUCGCCGUCGCGUGGGUUCUCCAUGGAGCUCGGCUCUGCCCUCUCCGUCAUCACCGCGUCGUUUCUCGCGCUGCCGGUCUCCACCACUCAGUGCAUCGUCGGCGCGACCGUCGCCGUGGGGCUGUGCAACGGCAAUUGGCGGGCCAUCAACUGGACCAUGGUGGCCAUUGCUGGGUUCGGGUGGGUUCUCACGCUUCCCCUCGCUGGCUGUGUCGCUGGCCUGCUGUACGCGAUUCUCACUCGCGGACCCAGCUUUACCAUGCCGCCCGGCAUGUAA